GCGCUUCUAUUAAGGUCUAUCUUCGUUGCUACUGCUUGAGACUUUCUCAGUUGGAAAUAUCUUUGUAUACCUUAUUUCAAUUCAGUAAUAAAGUUUAUUAAUACUUUUUAUUAACAUUUACUGGUUCACAAAUUACGUAUAACUAAAUCGUCAAAUAAAAAUAGUAGUAUUCAUGAUUGUAAUCAUAAAAAGUUAUGUUUAAGUCGGAAUUAGAUGCACGUGCCAAUCUCAUCAGCGCUGCUAGGAAAUUAGCAGACAGUGAAAUUCAGUUGAUAAAAGCAAUUGAUAAUUCUAGGCAUGGUAAUUCAGAUAAAGAAUUGAAAACCAUGUCAGUAAAGGCUAAAAACUCUAGCAACUUUAUCAACAAAAAAUCAGCAAGGAUAGCUAAUGCAAAACCCUCUGCAGCUAUUCUUGCUGCAAAAAGAGAAGCUGCACAGCGAAAGAAGGCCUUGGAAAAGAAGAGUAGUAAUACAGUUAUUCGAGACAUUUACCAGAAAGCCAUUGAUGCAAAAGAGAUGAUUCGAAAAGACACUGGACUUGUAUAUGAUGAGUCUAUGGCAGAGCAUAGAUGUUUAUGGGAUGAGAAUUACCCAGAAUGUCCAGAAAGAUUUACUAGAGUUUUCCAAAGGUGCAAAGAGUUAGGAUUAGUUGAACGCUGUAAAUAUAUUACUCCACGAUCUGCUGAGUAUAGUGAACUACUUUUAAAACAUACACCUGCCCACAUAGAGAUACUGAAAUCAACUGAAGGUUGUAACAAUGAAAAGAAAUUGGAAGACCUGUCUUCAAAAUAUGAUGCUAUUUACUUCCAUCCAUCUACAUAUCAACUGUCACUACUUGCAACAGGAUCAACAAUAAAUUUAGUUGAAAAUAUUUGUAAAGAAAAUAUUCAAAAUGGAAUGGCUAUAAUAAGACCCCCAGGUCAUCAUGCCAUGAAAGCAGAAUACUGUGGAUACUGUUUUUUCAACAAUGUAGCUAUAUCUGCCGAAGUAGCCUUAAAAAAUAAUUUAGCAAAAAGAAUUCUUAUAGUAGAUUGGGAUGUUCACCAUGGACAAGCAACUCAACAAAUGUUUUAUAAUGAUCCAAGAGUGGUUUAUUUUUCUAUACAUCGUUAUGAAAAUGGAGAAUUUUGGCCUAAUUUGAGAGAAUCAAAUUAUCAUUAUAUUGGAGAUGGGCCUGGGGAAGGCUAUAAUUUUAAUAUCCCUCUUAAUGAAACAGGCAUGACAAAUUCUGAUUAUAUUGCAAUAUUUCAACAAGUUUUGCUUCCAAUGGCCUAUGAAUUUCAACCGGAUCUCAUCAUAGUCUCAGCUGGUUAUGAUGCAGCUCUUGGUUGUCCAGAGGGUUUAAUGAAUAUUACCCCUGCCUGUUACACUCAUUUACUGUCUUCACUCCUUGGUCUUGCAGCUGGUAAAGUAGCUGUAGUUUUAGAGGGUGGAUACUGUUUAAAAUCAUUGGCGGAAAGUGCCGCACUCACUCUUAGAACGCUUUUAGGAGAUCCAUGUCCUAUGAUAGAAGAUUUAGUACCACCUUGUAAAAGCAUUCAAGAAACUAUAUUAAAUGUGAUAUAUGCACAUAGAUUACAUUGGAAAUGUUAUCAGCAUCAAGAUUCUUACAGUGUUAACAGCACUAGCAGUUCUGAUAAAAAACAAGAUCAGCAUUUACCAAUAGUUUUAUUCAAUGGUCCAGAUGAGUUGCCAACUAUUUUUGAAACUCGAAAUUGCUAUCCUGUACAAAGCCAGGACGAAUUGCAUGAAAUAAACAAAAAAUUGGAGCAUCUUCAACAAAUUACGAAUCUUAAAAAAGCUCCGAAUCGAGUAUGCAUCGUUUACGAUGAUAGAAUGUUAAAACAUUACAAUGUGGUGGAUGAAUCUCAUCCCGAAAAACCAGGCAGAAUCACCAGCAUUUUUUCAAAACACAAAGAUUAUAAUUUGCUUGAACGUUGUAUUUUACUGCAGGGAAGAGCAGCAAGUGAGGAAGAAAUUUUAUUGGCGCAUACACAAGACUAUCUUGAUAAUAUUAAAAAGACAGCAGAAACGAAAUUAAAAGACUUAGCCAAACAGGCAUCAAGUUUAAAUUCUGUAUAUUUACAUCCUGAAACUUGGACAAGUGCUGCAAUAUCAGCUGGUUCGUUACUACAAGUAGUAGAUAGUAUUUUGAAUGGAGAAAGUCAAAGUGGAGUGGCUAUUGUCAGGCCUCCUGGUCAUCAUGCUGAGGAGGACGCAGCAUGUGGUUUUUGCAUUUUUAAUAAUGUGGCUAUUGCAGCUAAAUACGCCGUCUCAUGCCACAAUUUGAAGAGAGUGUUAAUUGUUGAUUGGGAUAUCCAUCAUGGAAAUGGAACACAGUCUAUUUUAGAAAACGAUUCGUCGAUUUUAUAUAUUUCUUUACAUCGUUAUGACAAUGGCAGUUUCUUCCCUCAUUCCAAAGCAGCUAACUACAAUGUAGUAGGUACUGGUAAGGGAGAAGGAUUCAAUGUAAAUAUUCCUUGGAAUAAGAGGGGAAUGGGUGAUGCUGAAUACAUCGCAGCCUUUCAACAGGUGGUAAUGCCGAUCGCUUAUCAAUACAAUCCUGAGUUAGUUCUAGUCUCAGCAGGCUUUGAUGCUUGCAUUGCUGAUCCUUUAGGCGGCUGCAAAGUCAGUCCCGAGAUGUACGGACACAUGACGCAUUGGCUUUCGUCUCUAGCAAAUGGGCGAAUAAUCCUUACCUUGGAAGGUGGCUAUAACGUGAAUUCAAUCAGCCACGCAAUGACAAUGUGCACUAAAGCAUUACUAGGUGAUCCUUUGGUGCCCUUGGAUGCGCAUCAGGUUGCCUGCCCGAGCGCGGUAGCUUCCAUCAACAACGUCCUCCAAACGCACAAACAGUAUUGGCCAAAUUUGGUUUUUCAAAAGGCAUUACCUCAAGAGAAUGUGCUUCCAAAAGCUCGAGUGCCACGAGCUAAGCCAACUGAACGUUUGAGCACGCGCGAGAAUUUUCCGAGUCUUCCACACAACGGCGAUCCUGAGCAAGAACCCGAGCGUAAUCAAUCGCAGCCAGAAGAUUCUACCGAGCAAAUUUUGCAACUUGAGAUUCAUCUGGAUAAUUUAUCGAUUAGAGAAUGCGUUAAUCCUGAUAAGAAGAAAGAGGAUUUUAGUAAUCCAGGAGGAAGCUCAACGGGUGGUAGUUCCGGCACAGAUCAGCCGGGAACUUCUUCGCAAGGAUCGACUAGUGAAACUCUGGCAGAUUAUCUACAAGACAAUCUUCAGGCACUGUUAGCCGAAGAAAUGUUCGCCGUGAUUCCACUUAGUGAUUGUCCACAUUUGGGCUCAGUCAAAGAAGUUCCAGCUUCCGGUAUUGACGUAAAUAGCCCUUGUGUGGAGUGUUCAAGUACUGUUGAAAAUUGGAUUUGUCUCGAAUGUUACACAGUACACUGCGCUCGUAAUAUCAAUCAACACGCAUUGCUACAUGAACAGUCCACUCAACAUCCACUAACUCUAAGUUUUAAUGAUGUAUCGGUUUGGUGUUAUGGUUGCGAGGCUUAUAUAGAUAAUCCACGUUUAUAUGCAGCGCGAAAUGCCGUCCAUAUCGGUAAAUUUCACACAGAAUUACCAUGGACUUAUUCAGACAAUGCUGGAAGCUCAAGUUAAAACGAACGCAAUAAUAAAAAAGACGUUGCUCCAAAGGUUUAAUGCGCAAAACUAAAAGUAUUAACAAAAAAAUAUGAAUAAAAUACGGUUGAACCGUUAUGUUUAUAUUUGGUAAUAAUACUUCUAUCAGAA